AUGUCUUACUCUGUGGCAGGCAAGACAGCCAUCGUGACGGGCGCCGGCUCAGGCAUCAACCUGUCCUUUGCCACUCUCCUCCUCUCCAAAGGCUGCAAUGUCGUCUUUGCAGAUCUCUCCCUACGUCCCGAGGCACAAGCGGUGGUUGACAAGUACUCAUCAUCGUCAAGCCCACGGGCCGUCUUUGUCCAAACCGACGUGACUUCGUGGCCUGACCUCGAGCGCAUGUUCCAGGCCGCCCUGGUCGAGUUCGGCGAUUACGACAUUGUCUGCCCUGGUGCCGGCGUGUACGAGCCUCACUGGUCCAACUUUUGGAUCCCUCCCGGUGCUGCGGCAAGUCGCGAUCAUCCAGCAUCCGGGCGUUACGCGCUCCUCGACAUCAACCUCUCCCACCCCAUCAGGACGUCACAAAUUGCCAUCUCAAAUUGGCUGUAUCCUCGUCGCUUAGAGGCCACCAAGCUUGCUACUCCUGAGAAAGCGUCCCCGCAGAAUCCAAAGAAGAUCAUCCACAUUGCAUCAGUGGCCUCGCAAAUUCCCGUCUUCAGAGCACCGCUCUACGGGGCGUCCAAAUUCGCCAUUGCAGGCUUCGUCCGCUCCAUCGCCCCUAUCGAGACCUAUGGCAUCACCGUCAACGCAGUCGCGCCUGGCGUGGUCAAGACACCCCUCUGGACGGACAAUCGGGAGAAGCUCGCCAAUGUCGACGUGGCCAAGGACGCAUGGGUCACGCCCGAGGAGGUCGCCGAGGCGAUGCUGCGUUGUGUCGAGAGUGAGGCGGGCGGCGUGGUGCUCGAGGUUGGUGCGCAGCGGACCAGGCGGGUCGACGUGUUCAACGAUCCCGGGCCGGACAUGAGUCCCGAAGCCGGGAUGUACACGAGCAAUGGCGCGGUGGGCGAUGCUGAAGUGCAUUCAUUCCUUGGGGAUAAAACUGUAUGGGGCUGGCGAUCCAAGUUGUAA